CAAAUUUCCUGGGCCCGGCUCAGAAUUUCGCACCCUGCCCGCACGGCACACCCAACGACCGCCCUUGCGCAAAGUGUAGCUACUCUGGAGAAGUCGCAGCAGCCCAGCAUCACGACGUCCACGCACCACCCAACCCCGACAACAACACGUCACAACACACACAACCGCAGCAAUGGCCAAGACUUCGCGUGGUGCCCCCGGUGGCAAGCUCAAGAUGACCCUCGGUCUGCCCGUUGGUGCCAUCAUGAACUGCGCCGACAACUCUGGUGCCCGUAACCUUUACAUCAUCUCCGUCAAGGGUAUCGGUGCCCGCCUCAACAGACUGCCUGCCGGUGGUGUCGGUGACAUGGUCAUGGCCACCGUCAAGAAGGGCAAGCCCGAGCUCCGCAAGAAGGUCCACCCCGCCGUCAUCGUCAGACAGUCCAAGCCCUGGAAGCGCACCGACGGUGUCUUCCUCUACUUCGAGGACAACGCCGGUGUCAUCGUCAACCCCAAGGGUGAGAUGAAGGGCUCUGCCAUCACCGGCCCCGUCGGCAAGGAGGCUGCCGAGUUAUGGCCUCGUAUUGCCAGCAACUCUGGUGUUGUCAUGUAAAUCUGCAUUUCGACGUUUGGAGGGGCAAAAUGGUUACGGGACGACAUGAUGAGACGGCUUCGGAGGUGCGGCGUACGAACAGAGGAUUCAAACCCAAGACUUGUGGUCGGUCAAUAGAUGCACAACCAUCUUGCGCGUUAGAUUCCCCCCAAAAAGAAACGUCCGCACCAAGAAUUCACCACCAAAAAAACGAAAAAGGACCCAAGGGGAAGACCAGCAGCUCAAAAGCGUGCUAGGCGCAAAGUCUCGCACCAAUAGUAUACCAAGCACAUCAAAACAAUCAGGCAGCAGGAGGUGGCAUCAUGGAAAGGGGGGAAAUGGUGGUGAACCCUUGUUUGUCUGCGUUGGAGGGCAUAAUUUUGAGCUGGACUGGGUCGACCUUUUCUAUUUUUUUAUGUUUGCAUUUCGGCUUAUGGGGCGUACAAUGGUGGCAACACAUUACCAGAAGCAUAGCAUCCUGGUCCUGGACCAAAAUGAAGAACAAAAAACACAAAGA